GGGCAACUUCUGACAGAGUAGUUAUUCCAAGAAACUUCUCCACUAAGAUCUGACCACAUUCAAGAGGAAAAAUGGUGCAGUAUAAAGUGACUGUAUUCACUGGCGAUAUCCUUAAUUCCACUACUCUUAACAAUGUCUUCAUUAAGCUGGUGGGCACAGAUGGGGAGAGUGAUCGCACGUGGCUCAUGGGCUUGAAAGGGGCUUCAUCCUUCGUCAGAGGAGCCGUAUCAAAGUUUAAGGUGUCCUGCUCCACUUCCCUUGGAAAUCUUGUGCUGAUAGAGUUAGACAAACAGUCUCUCCCACUGUUCCCGGAGGACGCUUGGUUUUGUGCCAAGGUGGAAGUGAAAUCCCCUGAAGGAGACAUCUACAGCUUUCCCAUCUACCGCUGGAUCACUGAUAGCAAGGUGCACCGCUUCAGGGAUGGAAAAGCUCUGAGAAUCUUUGAAGACAACCAUCAUCUUGGCAGGUACAGUCGGCAGCAGGAGAUUCAUCAGCGAGAGGAAGACUAUCGCUGGGAUGCAUAUGCAGAGGGAAUACCUCACUCCAUGAAGGCAGAAAACCCAUCGUCACUGCCAUAUGAGGUUCAGUUCUCCUUCACCAAAACUACAGAGUUUCUCUACACUGCUUCCACAGGACUGACUGAGCUGAAGCUGAAGGGACUGGAUAACUGUAAGAAGAAGUGGGAUAAUAUUGAAAGCAUCAAUCGAGUGUUUUGCUGCAAAAAGACUGAAAUAUCAGAAUAUGUUCAUGAACACUGGAAAGAGGAUGCUUUCUUUGGCUACCAGUUUCUAAAUGGUGUCAACCCCAUGUUGAUUCAGCUUUGUACAGCCCUGCCCAGUAACUUCCCCGUCACUGAUGACAUGGUCUUUCCCCAUGGCCAGUGCAGCCUGGCAGAUGAAAUGAAGAAAGGGAACAUAUUCCUGUGUGACUACAAGCGUCUGGAUGGAGUGAAAGCAAACACCAUCAAUGGGAAGAAGCAGUACUUGAUGGCUCCUCUCAUCCUGCUCCACAAAACUCCUGAUGAUAAGCUGAUGCCGAUUGCCAUUCAGCUGAAGCAGAUUCCAUCAGAUGACAAUCCAAUCUUUCUUCCUACUGAUUCUGAGUACGACUGGUUGAUCGCCAAGAUUUUUGUAAGAAGUGCAGAUUUCAAUGAGCAUCAGCUCAAUGUUCACCUUCUGCGCACGCACUUGCUGGCUGAGGUUUUUGCAGUGUCACUGCUGCGCAACGUGCCCAUGGUGCAUCCUCUGUACAAGCUCCUCAAACCUCACACACGCUACACUCUGCAGAUCAACUUCUUAGCUCGGCGUCUUCUAAUUUCUGACACUGGCAAUUUCACUCAGUUUGCAUCAUCAGGUGGAGAGGGCAUGUUUACCAUCCUGGACAGGUCAUUGUCCUCAUUAACCUACAGCUCCCUCUGCAUACCAGAUGACAUUGCUGAACGUGGCGUGGAGGCUGUGCCAAACUUCUACUACAGGGAUGAUGGCCUAAAAGUUUGGGAUAUCAUCCACAGGUUUGUGCAGGGAAUGCUCAGCUACUACUACAAGAGUGACAGCGACGUCGAGCAGGACUCUGAACUUCAGAAGUGGAUUUUGGACAUUUUUGAACACGGGUUCCUUUCUCGAGCAGAAACAGGAAUUCCUCAGACAUUUACCAGCGUGACUGAGUUGAUCAAGUUUGUCACCAUGGUGAUCUACACCUGCUCAGCCCAGCAUGCAGCUGUGAACUGUGGACAGUUUGACUAUGCUGGCUGGAUGCCCAACACUCCCAUCUCCCUGCAACUCCCACCACCGACCACAAAGGGGACGACAAGCGAGGCCACGAUGUUGGCCACCUUCCCUGAUGUCAACGUAACAGUUCAGGGCAUGGCCACCGUGUGGCUCCUCAGCAAGCAGUCCAGUGACUUUGUCCCUCUUGGCCAUUACCCAGAGGACCAUUUCACUGAGGAGAUUCCCCGCAAGAUGAUAAAGGAUUUUCAGACGGAGCUUGAAACUUUGAGUGGAGCCAUCAAAGCCAGAAACAAGCACUUAAAAGUGCCAUACACCUACAUGGAUCCAGCACUGGUAGAAAACAGUGUGGCCAUUUAAAUAUUAGAAGAUAAGAAGACAAAUUUAGCUUCCUUUUCAAACGACAGCAGGGAAAGAAAUUUAAGUUCUGAGUUUUACUGAUGAAAUGGCGCAAUGAACUUACUGCUUCUGAUCAUUGUAUGCUGAUUUGCGAUUUUUACUUAUCUGUUGAAAUAUGUCUGGGUAACGUUUUCAUCACUCUAUGAGAGUGUCUGCUCUGACUCAGAGUCUUACUAAAACUUUACCAAAUUUCAUUGCUUAUAUUUUCAUUAUUUUAAUGUUUUGUUGUGUUUCUCCCACACAGAUUUGUUUUAUUCAUUAGAAAUAUAUUGCGUUACUCCCAAAUCAACAAGCAUUGUAAUUCCAUUAUUGAAUUAGUCCUUGAACUUUGUUUAAUUCACCAAAAAUGAGCACUGUUUUACGCUUUUAUGCCUUAACACAAUAAAGGGUUUUUUUGUUCAUUUA